AUGCAGUCGCCGCCGCAGCUUCCUGAUUGGCUGCUGGCGCGUCUGAUGCUCGCGCCGCUGCCCCCGAGCGCGCCGGGCCCGCGCUCGGGCUCGGGCCACGGCUACUGCCGCUGCCGCUGCCGCUGUGGGCGCCUGCUUGGGCCCCGGAUAGCUACAUCAGAAUGGAUCCAGUUCUUUAAGGAAGCUGGGAUCCCCCCAGGGCCUGCUGUGAACUAUGCAGUGAUGUUUGUAGACAACAGGAUCCAAAAGAACAUGCUGCUAGACCUGAAUAAGGAGAUCAUGAAUGAACUGGGCGUGACUGUGGUGGGGGAUAUCAUUGCCAUCCUCAAACAUGCCAAAGUGGUGUACCGCCAGGAUGUGUGCAAAGCAGCCGCCGAAUCCUUGGCAUCAAGCCCCAGCCACCUACAGGCAGAGCUCAGGCGCAGCGCCACUAGUGCUGCCUCUCGGAUGAUUGCUAAUAGUCUGAGUCGGGACUCCCCACCCAGCACCCCUGCCAGGCGCCCUGACACCAGUGCCUCCAAGAUCUCAGUCACUGUCUCAAACAAGAUGGCUGUUAAGCAUGCCAAAGCUGCUGCUCUAGGCCAGCUAGAAGAGGAGAAUGCCGCUGUGCCCGUAAAGAGGAGGCGCCGAGUGACUGCAGAGAUGGAAGGGAAAUAUAUCAUCACCAUGCCCAAGGGGACCACACCUCGAACCCGCAAGAUCUUGGAGCAGCAGGCAGCCAAAGGUGUUCAGAGGACAUCUGUAUUUGAUCGGCUUGGAGCUGAGACCAAGGCUGACACAACAACAGGGAAUAAGCCUACUGGUGUCUUCAGCCGAUUGGGUGAUGCCCUGGAGACGGAUGAAGAGCGGGUAGGAGACAGUGAUGAUGACAGCUCUGUCCUACAAUAUGCUGGGGUCCUGAAGAGGAUGGGCAAGACCUUUCCUAAGGAAAGCACCCCACUAGGGGUGACAAUCAAGGCCAAAGCCACCAGCUCAGAGCCCAAGCCAGUCCCGGCCACCCUUCGUCGUAUAGGGGGCAGCCAGGGGCCAUCUGCUGAGAGAAAGCCAGAGCCAUUGCCCAAAGUCAGCGUCAUCCAGAGACUUGGCAAAACCACUCUUGUGCCAGAGGCUCAGGACAGCCAAGUUACCAGCACAAAGAGCCCGACUGCCCGCUGUCCUCUACCAGAAGUGCAUCUAUCUUCGCCCUCCCUGCGCCCUCACCGCCGCCGCCCUUGGCGCCGAGCUUAUAGGAGCUCAUAAGAGGCCAAGGUGCUAUGGCUGAGGGCACUCCACCUUGGUGUCUGCUGGCCAAAGGAGCUUCACCUGGGCUUGUCUGCCGACAGAUGAGAUAAUAGGAGGCUACAGAGGAGAAAGGAGAGGGGUUUUCAUAUAUUUUUGUGUUUGUUUUUUUUUUCCUACUGUUUUGCUCAUGUGGGCAAGAAGUGUUUUUCCCUCUUUAUUUUUACACUGUGAAAGUGGAAUGCUUGGGGUGAGGUGGGCAGGGGUGCAGAGAUUAGGGAGAACUAGGGCUUCUCUGAAGAGGACACCAUGUACCUGUGAGCAGGAUUCUUUCUCUAGUUGUUUCAGAAACCGUAGAAGCUCUUAAUGGGACCCUGGGUAAAUAAAGCUGGGGUCACCUGAUUUUAAAACCCCUGAAACCAA